UAACGCGGGCCCGCCAGGUGCCAGCUAAUGGCGGCGGACUCCUGAAGCUAGUGGCUAAGCGGGAGCAGGGCGGCAGGGGGCGCAUCGCGGAGCCUGGCUGACCGCCGCUGUACUCUGGACUGCAGCUCCCCGGAGUCUCCGGGCUUGACGCGACAUGGACAGGCCGGUGACAGCGGCGGCCGCUGCGGCAGCUGGCUGUGAGGGCUCUGGGGGCCCGGGGCCAGGGCCGGCAGCUGGGUGGAGACCCGCUCGGGUUGCUGGGGGCGGCUCGGCCGGCUCCCGACACCCCAGCAUGGAGACCCUGGACAGUCCUACAGGGUCACAUGUUGAAUGGUGUAAACAGCUUAUAGCUGCUACAAUUUCUAGUCAGAUUUCAGGUUCAGUCACAUCAGAAAAUGUGUCCAGAGAUUACAAGGUUUUCAGGAGGCCUGAAACCAGGAAUAUUCAUAAAGCAAGACAAAGAUUGGAGAUAAAGGAAGAACACAAUGGCUACCCUUUUGAAGCUGAAGCUGAUCAGGCUUUGAGAGAUGGAAAUAAACUGGCACAGAUGGAAGAAGCUCCACUUUUUCCAGGAGAAUCAAUUAAGGCCAUUGUGAAAGAUGUCAUGUAUAUUUGUCCAUUUAUGGGAGCAGUGAGUGGAACCCUUACAGUGACGGACUUUAAAAUGUACUUCAAAAAUGUAGAAAGGGACCCACAUUUCAUCCUUGAUGUUCCCCUUGGAGUGAUCAGCAGAGUUGAGAAGAUUGGCGCACAGAGCCAUGCGGACAAUUCAUGUGGUAUAGAGAUCGUGUGCAAGGAUAUGAGGAACCUAAGACUGGCAUAUAAGCAGGAAGAACAGCGAAAACUUGGCAUAUUUGAAAACCUCAAUAAGCAUGCUUUUCCUCUUUCCAAUGGGCAGGUGCUAUUUGCAUUCAACUAUAAAGAAAAGUUUCCAGUUAAUGGCUGGAAAGUUUAUGAUCCAAUAUCUGAAUAUAAGAGACAGGGCUUGCCUAAUGAGAGUUGGAAAAUAUCAAAAAUAAAUAGUAAUUAUGAGUUCUGCGAUACCUACCCUGCCAUCAUUGUUGUGCCAACUAGUGUAAAAGAUGAUGACCUUUCAAAAGUGGCAGCCUUUCGAGCAAAAGGCAGAGUUCCUGUGUUGUCAUGGAUUCACCCGGAAAGUCAGGCAACUAUUACACGUUGCAGCCAGCCACUGGUGGGUCCCAAUGAUAAACGCUGCAAAGAAGAUGAAAAAUACCUGCAGACGAUAAUGGAUGCUAAUGCACAGUCACAUAAACUUAUCAUCUUUGAUGCCCGACAAAACAGUGUUGCUGAUACCAACAAGGCAAAGGGUGGAGGAUAUGAAAGUGAAAGUGCUUACCCCAAUGCAGAACUCGUGUUCUUGGAGAUCCACAAUAUUCAUGUGAUGAGGGAGUCACUUCGUAAGUUAAAGGAGAUCGUGUACCCUUCUAUUGAUGAGUCCCGGUGGCUAUCCAAUGUGGAUGGAACACAUUGGCUGGAAUAUAUAAGGGUACUUCUUGCUGGGGCAGUAAGAAUUGCUGAUAAAGUAGAAUCUGGGAAAACUUCCGUUGUUAUCCACUGCAGUGAUGGGUGGGAUCGAACAUCCCAGCUUACAUCUCUGGCAAUGCUGAUGUUGGACAGUUUUUACAGGACCAUUAAAGGAUUUGAAGCUCUCAUAGAAAAGGAGUGGAUAAGCUUUGGACACAGGUUUGCACUGAGAGUAGGCCAUGGUGAUGACAACCAUGCAGAUGCUGAUCGAUCACCUAUAUUUCUUCAGUUCAUUGAUUGUGUUUGGCAGAUGACAAGACAGUUCCCUUCAGCGUUUGAGUUUAAUGAAUUACUCUUGAUUACAAUUUUGGAUCACCUCUAUAGCUGUCUUUUUGGGACCUUUUUAUGCAACUGUGAACAACAACGCAUCAAAGAGGAUAUAUAUUCAAAGACUAUAUCUCUGUGGUCUUAUAUCAAUAGCCAACUAGAUGAAUUUUCAAAUCCUUUCUUUGUGAAUUAUGAGAACCAUGUGUUAUAUCCUGUUGCUAGCAUGAGUCACUUGGAAUUGUGGGUCAAUUACUAUGUACGAUGGAAUCCGCGGAUGAGACCACAGAUGCCAAUUCAUCAGAAUCUAAAGGAGCUGCUGGCUGUCAAGGCUGAGCUGCAGAAGCGGGUGGAGGACUUGCAGCGGGAAGUGGCUACACGGACCGUCUCAUCUUCCUCUGAGAGGGGUUCCUCACCUACCCACUCAGCUACUCCUGUACACACCUCAGUCUGAUGGAGGAGGCCAGUGUCGGGCCAUCCUGCUGCUCUACUGUCUUCCAGCAGCUCAGGAACCUGGCCAUUGAUGUUAUGGUUCUAGCUUAUCAUCUUAGCUCUUAGGAUUAGGCCCAGGUACCGUUUGUGUGGCUAGGUGACAGCUCCUAUUAUUAACAAGUACUUCUUUUGUGUGAACAGCCUGUGACCCUUUAUGGGCAGCCUCACAGGGGAGCAACAUGUCACACCCACCCUGUGAACCACCUUUGUCUUGUACAGGCAGCUUGGGAGAAACUAGGUUGAAUGCAGUGCAGUAUUUCAGCUUAAGAGAAUCUCAUACUUCUUUCCAAGUUAGGUCCUUCCUUAGGAACAACCUGCUCACUUAUAGAAUACAUCACCAGCCAUGUGGCUUCUCUCAGCCUUUUGGCACAACUUAAAAACUGUUUUAAAUGAAAUAUUAGCGUGGCAAAUGAACCAUUGCCAGCUGUUCUACAGUUAUCUUCAUGCAAGAAGUCCUCCUGUACAAUUGGUACAAUAUGUAUUUUUUAAAGAGAAACAUGCCUUUAUUUUCCUAUGUCCUUUUUUAUGUUUAGAAUAGUUGUCUGCUAAACUGUGCUGUAUGAGAAAUUCUUACCCAACUAUGCUGACUUUUGUGUGGUACAUUUGAAUUAAGAUUUCAGAUGUGUCAUCUCAGUGGUAAUCUAGUAUUGUCCUCUAACCCUGGUACUUGCCUUUUGAGGUGACACAAUCCAGUCAUUCAUUAGAGUAACUGCAGGUUCCCUCAGGGUGCACCAAACUAUGAAUACUCAGUGCUCUGGCUUUGUUGCAGGUAAACUGAGGGCUCAAGCAGCAACUGUGUGCAUGUGUUUGGUCUCUCUCUAUGACAGCUCUCUAAAGGAGCAACUCUGGCCAUUAGAUCUUGCAUCCUAUCACCUGUUUAAGAUGCCCAGCACCUGUGUCCUAUAAAGUCUUCUUUCACUUGUUGGAUACCUGAACACCUUGUUUGCAAUUAUCACAAUCUCUUCUCAGUUUAUUUACAUACUUUAACGCUGCCUGUCCAUACUUUAAAGCAACAAAUGUGCUGCAGCUUAGGUUGGAAAGCAUAGCAUGCUCUUCCUUGGUUUUCCUUUCUCAGAGGAGCCUUGGCUAGUCAGGUCUCUCCACAGUUAACAGCAUUGAGAUCUGCUAUUCCAUCAGUCCAUGUAAGAAUGAAUUUCCCAUCAGCAACUCUGUGUGCGGUGCCAAUAUCCCCACUCCCACCACCAUGCCCAUUUCUGUGUGUCACCUUAGGCCCUUCAGAGUUGGAGAUGUGUCUGAAGCUGACAAAGUCAGCCCCUGAGCACAGAUACAUCACAUCUUCCUCUGGUCAGUGUCGAAUCACUGGAUGCCAUGCAUUCCUAUAUAAUGACCUCCAUUUUCAAAAUGUAUUCUUAAAAGAGUUUUUUUUUUACAGCUGAACACAUAAAAAGUAGAUGAUUUUUCAACUUGGAACAGAAAACUAUCCAACCAUAAUAUAACGACAGACAUUUAUUCAAGGAAAUUUGAUAAACUAAGAUCAAUUCUCCAUUUUUAUUAUCUGGGAGAUUUGUUUCUAAACUACACGUUAAGUGAUAUUAGCUUUUCAUUUAUGCUGUUCAUCGAUAAAAAACCUAAUUUGUAAAUGGUUAAACUGCCAUACCUGAGGUAGGAGGACUGCUGUGAGUUCAAGGUCAGCUUUGGCUAUACUUUGAGUUCUGGGACAACAGACCUAUACUGUGGAACCCUUUCUCAAAUCAAUACCAAAAAGAAAAUAUGAACUGCAAUAUUUUCUCUUCAUAUACUUUUACAAACUGGGAACAUUUACCAACUUUUCCCUAGAAAUACCAUCUAAUUUUCCAGCAACACUAGGACUGUUGAAUAUAAAUAAGGUGGACUGGAUGAAGCUUUGACAGAACCAGAGAAGCCACAGGGGCUGCUGCUUGGUAAGGUCAGCUAGCCUGGUCAAGCCAUGUCCUCUCAGCUGCACACCUGCAGCACCCCUAGAAAUUUCCACUGGAUUUUAAGGAAGCACAACAGAGUAUUUCCCUUUGUAUGUUUCUAGCACAGAAUUGUUUCUAAAACAACUUGAAGUAUAGUUUUCUUAUCUAAGCAAUUCUUUCAUGUAUGUUUUAUUUAAGUACUAGAAUGUAAAACCUUUUUUAAUUAAUUUAUUUUUUUAUUAAUUACAAUUUAUUCACUUUGUAUCCCAGCUGUACCUCUCCCUCUUCCCCUCCCAAUCCCGCCCUCCCUCCCUUUUCUCCUCCCAUGCUUCUCCCCCCAGUCCAAUGAUAGGGGAAGACCUCUUCCCCUUCCAUCUGACCCUAGCCUAUCAGGUCUCAUCAGGACUGGCUGCAUUGUCUUCCUCUGUUGCCUGGUAAGGCUGCUCCCCCUUGGGGAGAAUGUAAAACCUUUAAGGUUCAGGUUUUUAAACAACUAGUACAAUACUGUAUUUGCCUCAUCUGAUGCACUGUAUUCCAACCUGUAAUUAAAAUGAUAAUAUGUUUGCUCCCUGGUCUUUUUGUUGUCUCUCUCUUUUAGCCAUUUCAGUAGUUUUCUUCUCCCUGAGAAAAAAUGAGUACUAAUAAAGUGCCAUGUGUCAAAUGCUUA